CCUCUCCGCAGGUCCCGGCCGCUGUCGGAGGAGCAGCAGAGUCACCCGGAGCCCUCGCUAGAAACCAAAGGCCCGCCCGUGCCCUCACCCCCCGUGCGAAGCGCUGACAGGCACAUGUUUGCUGCGGCCCUAAUCCCGCUUGCCCUUGUGUCGGCAAAUCUCUGGCGCACGGACAGGGAGAGUUUUGCUGGCACACGAAGCGGCUGAGUCUGUCUGCGGAGCAGAUGCCGGGGGUACAGCCGGCUCUCCCGCCGGCUGGGUUGAUCCCGGUAAUCCAGAGCAAGCAGGGGGGGGAAAAAACAAAAACAAACAACAACAAACAAACCAGGAGCCUUUAGUGAAAUGAUCGCCUGCUGCUUUUGGGCUCUGGAUUCUCCUCGGGCAGAGGCGCUGCGGUGAAUUACAAGUGUCAAAGAGAAGAAUAAUCAUCAGCCCAAUGGUCAUCAAGGAUUCAAAUUCUACUGGUUUUAUCUAGAUGGAUGAAAAGGUUAACAGCCCAGAAGGGGAGCUCCUUGGGUUUUCAAGAUGGCAGCGACUAGUGGCGAGAGCCAGCUGCAGCGGAUUGUCAGAGACUUGGAAGAUGCUGUGACUGAAUUAAGUAAAGAAUUUAAAGAAGGAGGAGAACCAAUCACAGAUGACAGUGGCAACUUGCAAAAAUUCUCCUACAAGCUUGAGUACCUUCUACAGUUUGACCUGAAAGAAAAAAACACGUUGCUAGGGAACAGAAAAGACUACUGGGAUUAUUUCUGUGACUGUCUUGCAAAAGUCAAAGGAGCUAAUGAUGGAAUCCGCUUUGUCAAGUCUAUUACAGAACUACGAACAUCUCUUGGAAAAGGAAGAGCAUUUCUUCGUUACUCCCUGGUUCACCAAAGGCUAGCAGACACCUUGCAGCAAUGUUUUAUGAACACCAAGGUGACCAGUGACUGGUACUAUGCAAGAAGUCCAUUUCUGAAUUCCAAAAUGAGUUCUGACAUUGUGGGUCACCUCUAUGAGCUCACUGAUGUUCAGUUUGACUUGGCAUCAAGAGGCUAUGAUUUAGAUGCUGCUUGGCCAGUAUUUGCCAGGAGGACACUGUCAUCACUUGGAUCCUCAGCAUAUUUAUGGAAGCCCCCAAGUCGCAGUUCCAGCAUGAGCAGUUUAGUGAGCAAUUAUUUGCAGGCCCAAGAAUUUCCCUCCAGCCCCGAUGCAAAUAACUCAUUAAAUGCUGAACACUUUGAGGGCUUUGAAGAGAUGCGUGUAGAACUUGACCAAGCUGAGCUGAAGCAGAGGGAGCUUCAGGAUCGCAUUCACUACCUGGAAAUGGAAAACCAGGAGCUCCAGGCAGCUCUUAGCCUUCAGAAAGAGCAAGUACAGGUAGAAAAGGAGAAGAGCAAUAACUGUAGCGAGGAGAACUCCCGGCUGACAAAAAUUAUCACAGAGUUACAGAAGCAGUGUGAGGUCUCACACUCCACUCAGAGCACUGUUCAUGACCUGCAGAAGUGCCUACAGUCACUGGAACUGAAUGCAGCAGAGCAGCAGAAGGAAUAUUCAACAAAGCUGGAGCAGCUGGUGAACAGCAAGGAAGACUGUACCUCAAAACUGCAGGUAUUGAAUCAGGAGCUGGAGGCCUCUAGGGCUUUGGUUGCUAUGAAGGAUCUUUGCAUCAAUGAGCUCAAAGCCAAGCUGAGUUCCACAGAACAGAAAAACCUUAACCUCUGUGAAAAAUUUGAUGCUGCCUUGGAGGAAAAGGGACAGCAAGUCACAACCGACUGUGACUCUGCCCUGCAGAUACAGGCACUGUUAGAGAAGCUUCAGGAGACAGAAAAGGAAAAGGCAGAUAUGCAAAGACUCAAUGACAAACAUGUGUCUCAGCUGAAAGCAGCAAGGGAGGAGCUGCACCUGAAAGAAGAGGCACAGAUGGAACUGCAGUCCAGAUACAAUCGCCUCACUGCUGACUCCAAAGAAGAGAGUGAAAAGCUGCUUGGGAGCCUGGAAACCAUGGCAAAGGAAAUGGAUGCACUUCAGAAGGCCCUGACCCUGAAAGAAAAGGAGAUGACUGAGCUCCAGACCCAGGUAAUGGGGUCGCUGGCUCAGGUGGGGUCAUUGGAAAAAAAUCUUGAGGAAGCAAGGAAAGAAAAGGAGAAACUCGAGGAGGAGUAUGGUAGGAGGGAAGGAACACUGAAACAGGAAGCCCAGUCACAAGCAGAGCAACUUGAACUACAGGAAGGUCGCUUAACUAAGGUGAGUCAGAUUGUGUGUAGCCUUGAGGAGCAAAACCGGAAACUCUUGUCUGAGAAAGAGCAUCUCUGCCAGAAGGUCAAGGAGCUGGAGGAGCAGAUGGAGCAGCAAAACUCUGAAGUGAGUGAAAUGGGUGACAAGAGCAGGAAGUUGAAAGUAGAGAAUGCAAAUUUGCAGCAGUCCAUUAAGAAGAUGGAAGGAAAGCUGACAAGUUUGGAAGCUUCUAACGCUUCCCUGGAAGCUGAGGUGGCCAGGCUGAGAGCCUCUGAGAAACAGCUUCAGAGUGAGAUAGAUGAUGCCCUGGUAUCAGUUGAUGAAAAAGAGAAGAAGCUCCGGAGUGAGAACAAACAGCUGGAUGAAGACUUGCAAAAUGCCAGGAGGCAAAGCCAAAUUCUGGAGGAGAAGCUAGAGGCUUUGCGGUCAGACUAUGAAGAACUAAAACAAAGAGAAGAGACCACCAAGGAGUCUUGUGCCUCACUUGAAGGACAGCUGAAGAGUGCCAAACAGCAUAGUUUACUAGUGGAAAAAAGUCUAGGCACCUUGAAGGAAAGCAGUGAGUGUCUACAGUCACAGCUCAGAGAGAAGGAAGUAGAGCUGCAAGGCAUGGAGAGUGUUUGUGAGCAACUAAGAGUAGAAGCUGAAAGAUAUAGGAAAAAAGCAGAGACUUUUGAGGUAGAGAAGCUCAGUGUUGAAAAGACAUGCCUUCAUCAGACAAAACUUAUUGAAUCCCUCACAUCAGAAAAAGACUCAGUGGAAAAACAACAACUACAGCAGGCAGCUUCUCUGGAGAGGGAGGCAAAAGAGCUGGCUUCCAGACUGACUAUCAGUGAAGAGCAGUUGGAAGUCAACCGAGGUGAGGUGUCCAGGCUGCAAGCAGAAGUCCUCGACCUGCGAAUCAAGCUUCAGCAGACCAUGGGUGAGAGAGAGCAGAUGAGAGGUGAGCUGGCAGUCACAGAGACUGUCCUGAGUGAGCAGAAGGUGCUUGUCCAGCAGCUGAAAGAGCAAAUCGAGUCACUCAACAGAAACCAUGUGCAAGAACUGGUGCAAUGUAAAGAAAGAGAAGAAGUGCUGAAAAAAAAACAGGAGACAGCAGCCCAUCAAAAAGCUGAGCUGGAAAAUAAUUUGCUAAACCUGAAGGAGGAGCUAUCCAAGGUCAAGCAGUACUUGGAAGCUGCUAGAAUGGAAAAUGAAGAAAACAAAGAUCUCCUCCACAGGACCAACACGGAUAUGGCUGAACUUGGUAUUCAGAUUUGUGCCUUGACCUCUGAAAAGGUGAAUGCAGAAGAGCAAUUAGCCCAGGCCACAGAAAGGCUCAAAGAACUGGAGGAACAGGCAGCAGUGCAACAGGAGAAGCUGAACCUUGACAUCUCUGAUCUCAGACAGGAGAACAAGGGCCUGCAAGAGAAAUUAGAUGAGGCUCAAAUAUGUGCUGCAGCUGUCCCAAGUCUGCAAUUGCAGCUGGAGUCAGUAAAGAAACAGUCACGGAGUUUCCAAGAGACCAGCCAAGAAGAACUGUCUGCAAUAAAAUUUCAAAUGAGCACAGAGAUUCUAAACUAUCAGACAAAAUUCAAGGCUGUCAGUGAAGAGUGUGUGAAAGUAAGAGAGCAACUUGAGGAGCAGAAGCGACAACAGUGUGCUGCUGAGGAAGAGAUUACAGAGUUACAGGCUGCAAACACAAGUUUGUCUAGAAAGCUGGAUGAAGCAAGAGAGCAGCUGUCUGAAUCAGAAUCUGCUCGGCUGCAGAAAGAAGAGGAGGUGACAUCUCUGAGAGAACUCUUGGCAAGGAUCCAAAAGGAAGCUGAUGAAGCAAAAGAGAAGGCACUGUAUUACAGUGAGAAGCUCAGCAAGGUGGCAGCAGACAAAGAUAGCAGUGACCAGAAGUUAUUUGCUGAACUGGAUGACCUGACAAGAACAAAACAGUUCCUUGAAGAACGUUUGAUAGAACUUAUCAGAGAUAAGGAUGCUUUGUGGCAAAAAUCAGAUGCUCUGGAGUUCCAGCAGAAGCUUAGUGCAGAGCAAAGGUGGCAGGGGGACACAGAGGUUAAUCAUUGCCUGGACUGCCAGAGAGAGUUCUCAUGGAUGGUGCGCCGACACCACUGCAGAAUGUGUGGUCGCAUUUUCUGCUACUACUGCUGCAACAACUACAUGGUGACAAAGCCAGGUGGAAAAAAGGAGCGUUGCUGCAGAGCUUGCUUUAGUAAGCCUAGAGUCAUUGUGGACAGUACAGAUGACUCUGGAUCCAGUGCCAACCAGGAAGGAUCACCAGCUUCAUUGGAAUCACCUGUGUCACCAUCUGAGAGGGAUUUGGCCUCUAAACCACCAGAUGAUGCAGCAUUUGAUAUAAUCACUGAUGAGGAGCUGUGCCAAGUACAGGAGUCAGACUCUCUCCACGAUGAAAGUCAAAUGGAGAGAGAUUCUCUGGAUCAAAGUGUGACAGAUCUAAGACCCCUACUCAUCCAUGCAGGUCUCCUACCUUGGUUUUGGAAGGAACCAACAAGUUGGUUCCCUGUAUAUAAGAAUCCUUGUAAUUUUUCUGGGAAUGACAGCCUAAUUGGCUCCGUUAUCAACCUGCUGAAAUGGCGUGAAGCAAAAAACAGCACAUGCAAUUCUUCAACCUUUGAGGAAUCAGAAGAGUGGCAAGUUGCUCAAGAUGCUGAGAUAUGCUUGUUGAAGUCUGGAGAAAUCAUGGUCAAAUUACCCCUUACAGUGGAAGAGAUUGUAAAUUUUGGGGAAAGCAACAGAGAGCUGUUCAUUAAAUCCAGCACCUACAGUAUCAUCCCUAUCACUGUUACAGAGAUGGGGCUAACUAUUAGCUGGAUCUUUUCAUCAGACCCUAAAAGCAUCUCCUUCAGCGUCGUCUUCCAAGAAUCAGAAGACACACCACUGGAUCAGUGCAAAGUUCUUAUUCCUAUGACCCGCUGCAACUCUCAUAAGGAAACUAUCAGAGGUCAGGUGAAAGUCAGAAACGCUGGGAUCUACACACUGAUAUUUGACAACACGUUCUCUAGGUUUAUCUCAAAAAGAGUGUUUUAUCACUUGACUGUUGAACGACCCGUCAUCUAUGAUGGAAGUGAUUUUCCAUAGCCUUGACUCUACUGUGUUGUUUUUAAUUACAUUUUUAAGAAAUGCUGUUAUUUAUGUACAUGUAAGCAUUAUGGUUACCACUGUGUUUGAAGACUUUGAAACUAUGCAAUAGUUAUAAUGCACUUAGAGCACAUGUAUACACUAAAAAAUUGAAGCCUUUUUAGGAACACUAAUGGUUCUGUACUGUGUACAGAUUGCUGAAAAGCCAUGUUGUUUGAUUUAACAGGUCAAAUAAUGUUCCAACCAAAUUACGCAGUGGGGAGAAAUGUCAUUGUGGGAGUGUCUAAAUGCAAGCUGAAAUUCUCCACUGAAAACUUCAAUCACUUUUCUUCAAAAAAUAUCCUUCAAAAGGAAAUUUAAAGAAAAAUGCAUAUUUUUGUUGACCUCUUUACUGAGGAGCAAACAUAACUAUUUCUCUUCUGCUGUACUGCUCUUACAGUCAGAACAACAACUAUGCAAUACUUCAAUCAUCACAGGCAUAUACUGUAAUCCAUCUAGAAUUUUGUACCUUUUCCAAGUUUUAUAGACAGCAAACAUAGGGGGUUUUUUUACAUUUUGAGGCUGAGAUUUGGUAAGUCCUAACUGGCUCUUACAAAUGCUUUGGUACUGAAUACCAGUUACAAAACAAUGCAACAUGAAGCAGCAACUCCUUUUCUUUCUGCUCACCAUAGUCUGUAAGCUGGUGGCAGAAUCAGGAGUAUAAUUUGUAGAAUUGAAGUACUGCUCACUGUGUGACAUUAGGAAGAGGAACAUUCCUUUUUCUGGCUUUAGCAACUUAAAUCAUCAGCAUUCACAGGAAAGCAUGGAUUCUGAUGUUGUCAUCAGUCUCUCUCUCUUUAGACCAUGUGGAAGGUAGCAAUGUUUGAAUUGGUCCCAAAAAGUCCAUCCAAAACUGAAUGCUUAUCCAGCUCUGAUGAGCUCUCCACCCAGUGUUAGUGUAUUCUGCCCAUUUCCUAACCCUUGCAGUUGCCCCAGCCAGCUAAUAACUUUCCAUCUCAGAUCUGGGGAGAGAGCUGGCUGUGAAUUCUGCCUUUUAAGGGAAGACUGGGUUCUUAUUUAUACAACAUUUCCACACAAACUGUCUGCUUUCUAGAUAGAGUUUCAACUCUUUGUUGAAAUAUCUGCAAGCAGAUCUUUCUGUUUAAAAACCCUGUCUUCUGAUGGGAAAAAAAAAUAAUCCCAAAAACAUUUGGCAGGAGAAAGAAGAAAAGCUCUUUUUCCCAACCAGCCUUCCUCAUCAUUUUAGAUAUGUCUGAGCUCUCAUGUUAUGGUUGGCCCGAGGAAACCUCAGACCUACAAGGUUUUAGGGCAGCGGUUGGUAGACAGCCAGCUCAGCUUGCUGGGAGCCCUGUCAGCUCUUGGUGGCAGCUGAAGCUGGUUAUACCAGGGGUCAUGGUGGGAGACAGAAAAGAAAACAUAAAGGGAAAGAAGAAAAGAGGACAAGCUGAAGCACAUUAUUUAGGGGAGGGGAAGGAAAACAGAGGGCAAACUUAAAAAUGUAAAAAACAAAGGCAGUGGAUUGGAGGGAGCAGCUCAAUAGGAAGGGAAGUUGGGAGAGUUAAUUUGAUAUUUAUGUUUCUAGUCCCAUCCAUUAGCCAUAGGGGAUCUCCUUCUAUGGCAAAAGGCUGGUUGUUUAAAAGAUGGACAUUACAAGACAAGUCAUGAAUAUUUACAUAGUAGCAGCUGAGAUAGAGGGAGAUUUCUGAUGGUAGGAAAGGAAAGAAUACUGCAGGUAAAGCUAAAUGUUGCUAAUACUCAUUCCAGUUGUUAACACUGUGUAAAUACACUAAUCUUGAAGAGGAUUGUAAAAGAAUGGCUACCUUUCCUGGAGCACUUGGAUUUUGGAUAGCUUUUCCUUCCUUUCAGACACUCCUUCCCCAUAUGGGUGGUGUGGUCCCCAGCCUCUGCCAGGCAGAGGAGUGAGUGGAAGGUGCAAGCUGGUUUGUUCCUCCUCCUGAGGGAACAGGCUGCAAUGCAGUAAACCCUCACCUGGCUGCAUGCAUGAAAAUUAGAUGGACAAGAGACUGAAGUGGGCAAUAAACAGGCAAUAAAAUGGCAUAUGGAACAGUUAAUAGAUUAUGGCAUCUUUCAGUAUCGAAGCUAUGUUUUAUAUUAGGCAAGAAGAGAUUAUUUAUUGCUUGAAAAUGGAGUACUGUUGUACCAUAUGCUAUGCCAUUUCACUGAGCUGUUACUGAAGUCUGCUGCAGUUUUCCUUUAAACUUUUAGGUGUGGUUUUUAAAAGCAUUUUGCUGUUGUUUUAGUUAUAAUACUAAUCUUACUCGAUAUCUUCCUUAAAAUGCCAAAUAUAAGGUAAAGAGACACUGUCAGGUAUCUUUCUUAGGCCAAAUAUGACACCUCUGCUCAGAAGUAUUUGAAAUAUUUCCGUGGAAAAUUAUUUGAAGGGCUUGCACCUGGAUUUCCUCUCGGUAUCCUGGUUCUUAACAUUUUUCAUCCUGAGGCAAAUAGUUUUAAGCCACUGUUGAUGUAACUCCUUAGUAGGCUCCAUUCUAGUACACCAGAUGUUUCCCUACCAGUCUUUCAUGUAGGCAGCCCUGAGGCUGCCUGAAGCGUGUUUGGGAGAAGGGGAGUAAAAACACCAGAUUGUUUUUACUUAACAUUUUAGUCUCUAUGGUACCUUUUCUUCAGGUUUUCCUGCCCCAUGAGAGUAGUUUUAUGGAUAUUUUGCUCUCUGAAAGAGGACUAAGAGUGGGAGUCAGAACCUGUAAGAAAGAAAGGCUUGCUUCUGACUAAGGAAAGUAUUUAAGAAGCAAAAUAUUUCAAAAGAGGAAAUACUCAGACUGGUAAGGUACAAUAAGUGAAAAGGAGUGCAGCCAUUCAAAUCCACUUUUGAAGAACAGGAAUCUCAUCAUAUCACUUAGAAGAGGGAGUCUUCUACACCUCAGAGGCUGUGCAGAGAAGACAGUAAAGAACCUGUCAUUAGUACCCACCUUUUGUUUGAAUGUCCCAGAUGGUUUAUUACUGGAACCACAGAAACCUGAUAAAGGACUUAGCACAAGUGUAGGUUUGUGCAAGAGAUUAUUUAAUUCAAGCACUUAUUAAAUAGCUCCAUUCCUGCAGUAUUUGUUCAUGGGAGCUGUGUCAAGGACACUGAUCAAUAUGUUUAUUUACAGGUGCUCAGGUGAUACGUUGAAUUGGGCCUUUUAUUAGCUGCAGCAAUACAAUUAAGAGAAAACAAAUAUUUAAAAUUGAUCAUGAAAUAAAUUUAAGAUUGUCCCACACUCAUGGGAAAAAGAAAGUAUACACUGUGGUCAGUAUAAGCAAUAGGAUGUUCCAUCUGGGUGCUGGAACGAUGGAGGGUGGUAUUUUUUUCUGUGCAGAGGUUUAUGUGAAGUAAAAACGUAGUUGCUGUAAGAAAGUGACAGUGUUCCCUUGCUCAACAUUACUCAAUGUUGCUUUGUGAAAAGUCACUGAGACCUAUUGCACAAAGGUGUACACCACGUUACAGAGCAGCUAAGCUACAAAAGCCUGACUUUCCUCCUUUUUUAGCAUUGAAAUUGCACUAUAGUUUUAAUUAUGCUCAAUCACUGAGACGGUAGCUUGUUCAGAAGCAUCUUUUGGUUAUAACUGCCAAAGAAUUCCCAACCCCGUUCACAUCAAACUUCACGUGCCAGAGAGGGGAAGAAGAGGUUUGUGUAUACCAGUGUCUGUCCAGUCACAGAGAUGGAGAUGGUUAUGUACUGGAAUGUUUCUGGAUGGUUUGUUUUUUUUCCUUUUUUAACCUCAGGAAUUAAAUAAAAUUCUGUAUCAUUGAGAA